CCCUAGAUGCGGGGAAAGACUUCCUCCUGGAAGCCCUGAGUGGUUAGGAGUUAGUCGAGUGAAGAGAAGCGAAGUCACAGAUGCAGAGGCCUACAGGCAAAGGACAAAUUUGAGGAACUGAAAAGAUUCACAUGAUCGGUCUUGGGGGAAGAACUUGAGACGCUCCCCUUGUGCCCUGACCACAGCCGGCUAUGUGUCACCGGCCGUCUCCUCCACUAGCCGUGAGCUCCUCCAGGGCAAGGGACCUUGUCUCAGUGUGUAAAUAUGUCGCCGUGGAGCUGAAGUCAGCCUUUGAGGAAACUGGCAAGACCAAGGAGGUGAUCGACACAGGCUAUGGCAUCCUGGACCGGAAGGCCUCAGGCGUCAAAUAUACCAAGUCGGACUUAAGGUUAAUCGAAGUCACGGAGACCAUUUGCAAGCGGCUCCUGGACUACAGCCUGCACAAGGAGAGGACCGGCAGCAACCGAUUCGCUAAGGGCAUGUCAGAGACGUUUGAGACGCUACACAACCUGGUGCACAAAGGGGUCAAGGUGGUGAUGGACAUCCCCUACGAGCUGUGGAACGAGACCUCGGCAGAGGUGGCUGACCUCAAGAAGCAGUGCGACGUCCUGGUAGAGGAGUUCGAGGAGGUGAUCGAGGACUGGUACAGAAACCACCAGGAGGAGGACCUGACUCAGUUCCUCUGCGCCAACCACGUGCUGAAGGGCAAGGACGCCAGCUGCCUGGCAGAGCAGUGGUCUGGCAAGAAGGGGGACACAGCCGCCCUGGGAGGCAAGAAAUCCAAGAAGAAGAGCGGUCGGGCCAAGGCUCUGGGUGGCGGCGGCAGCAAACAGAGGAAGGAGCUGGGCGGCCUCGAGGGAGACCCCAGCCCCGAGGAGGAUGAGGGCAUCCAGAAGGCUUCCCCGCUCACACACAGCGCCCCGGAUGAGCUCUGAGCCUAACCUAGCGGCUCCUGCUGACCGAGAGCCUGAGCUGGGAGCCGAAGGGUCUGGGGCCCCUGGCUCCCGCAGGCGCAGCAGCGCGGGGCCUCAGCGGUGCCUGCCUGGCCGGUGCCGCCUCCUGCCAUGGAAACUCCAGCCCCGGGAGAACUCGGAUCAGCCGCGGGCAGCCCGGGCCAGCCUCUUCCCUCUGCCCAGCGUUCCUCUCCCGACCCAGACUUCAGGCGGGCCCCAUAAUCUCAGGACUGCCGAGGACUCCGGUGUGAACUCUGGUGGGCAGGUGUCGAGCUGGACCCGGGACUGGGGCUCCAGAGCCCCCCACCCCCUUGCUCCUCCAGCACCAGCUCCUCCUCUCCGCAUCCCCUCUUCCUGUGGACACCUUGUGCUCUGCCCGGCCCUCCCCUGGGGCUCACAGAGUAAAAACCUUUUGGCCUUUUUCAUUCAGAUUUCUGAGUCCCCUUCAGCUGCUCAGAGGGGCCGGAGCCCCCUGCCACUCUUUCCUGCCCCCUGCUCCCACCGUGGGCUGAGGAUGGGAGGCUGUUCUGAAACCUGCUAGCCGUGGGGAAAGCAGGUGCAGGGAGGGCCCCGGGGCUGUGGCUGGGGUGAGGGCCGGGCCUCGGGAAUGGGGUGGGCAUCGUGCCCCGGCCCUGGCCCUCAGUUGCCUGUGGUCUCCCUGAGCUGCUCAGGCCUGGAGCACCGCCCUCUCUCCUUCCUGGCCUCCCGCCUCCCCUCUCCCCUCCAAGGCCUUCCCGUUGGUUGUGUAAAGUGAGCCCAGUGACCCCACCAGCCCCAGCCCUUCCUCUCCACGUCCUGCCUCUUGGCUUCUGGCCUCUUGGUCUUGACCCUUGUUCCCUGAUGACCACACCUGACCACUCUGCGCUCCCUAGCCCUUGUGCCAGGAACCCACAGGGAAGGACGGCCAAGCCCCCAACAACACCGGUUACACCAUGUUCUCUGGGAGCAGGGGACGAACAGCAAGGCUGGCCUCUGAGGAGAAGGGGUGGGAGGCACCUCCCGGUCUGUCCUGAGGGCAGAGAUCGGUGGUGGCGUCAGAAGCAAUAGUGAUGACGGCUGCGGGUAGUCCGUGCUUUAACCCUACAGGUGCCCCAGACUCCAGCUUCUGGCAAAAAUGCUCUGGGGUCCCCUCCCCAGGGCUGGGGACAGCCAGGCCACAGAGAGUGGAGCAGACUGGAAGCUGCUGCUGCCCUGAGUCAUGAGGCUUGGAACAGGCCCUGAGAGGAUGAUUCUUUGUGGUCUAGUGACCCCCCCGCCAACUGCGGUGCGGAGACUGUCCCCAUGUUGGAGGGGCUGUGGGCAGAGAAGCCACUCUAGACUCUGGUCCCAUCCUGGACUCUGUUCUGAGUGUAGAUGACUGGGGAGAGGUCAGGCAUUGGAACUCAGGGCUAGGGAACCAUUUGCAGCCCCCUGGACUGUCUACAAUUUGGUGGCCAGUCUCUGACUCUCCCUUUCUGUCACUAUUCCACAGCUCCAGUGCUUGGCUUAAUUUUGUCCCCAGAGCUUCACUGUCCUGUGAAUAGGAUGAGACAAAGACCAGGAGCCCAAUCCCAGGCCUAGGCUGGGACUGGAGGGAGGGCAGCGUGGUGACUGCUCUGCUCUUUGACCUGUGGCUGCUGGAGGAUGAGCGCCCUCACCCACACCCCGCACCCCCCACCCCCUGUCCCCACAAGGCCAGGCAUGUUGCACACUCUAGUUCUCUUCCCACCCACCCACCCACCCUAGCAGGCAGCUUCUCCCUGGCCCAGCCUAGGAAAGAAAGCAGGAUCCACUUUCCAGGUUUUCCUUUCCCUCUCCCCACCACACAUACCAGCCUUUCUGAGCUUGACUAUAGCCUCCCACUUUCCCACAACCCUUCUCUCCAUAAGGUGAGGGGUCUGGCUGAGCUUCAGUGAACCAGGAUGGUUUCUACCCUCACGUGGACCUAAAAGUCACUUGGAUGCUUGUCAGACAGAUGUCUGGGUGCCGCUCAGACUUGCCAGUCUGGGGAUCUAGGAGUCGGCAUGGCUGUUAGGAGGAGGUCGGCUGGAACCCACUUCACCAGGAGGAAUUUGGAUGUUGUGUUAAGAGGGGCCGGGACCUCAAUGAAGCCACACUGGAAGGAAGUCUUGUCCUCAGAAACAUGAAUUGUCAGCACCUUAGAGAGGAUGUGUUGAAGACUUCUGUCAUCCAGAACCUCAAAGGCUAAUGGACUAGCCACAAGUCCAGUUUGUUCAAGUUCAGCGACAGUCAAGUCUCAGGGGAUGGGGCACUGUAGGCUCAGAAGUGGCUGCCUCAGGGCCCCUGUGUAUUUGUUUGAAGCCACAGCUCCUAGGAGGCAGGCUCCUCUUUAUUUCCAAGUCCCUGGGUGGUGUUUCCCUGCAACACCUUUUUGCAACUUAGCGGUGCUUUUCACACCUGUGACUCCCCUCUGUCAGACAGUUGUUUUAAUAAAAGUUUUGUUAGAAUAA